AGAAUGCCUGAGGCGGCUAAGUCUGCUCCUGCGCCUAAGAAAGGUUCCAAGAAGGUGGUGACCAAGACCCAGAAGAAAGGUGACAGGAAACAUCGCAAAAGCCGCAAAGAGAGUUAUUCUAUCUACGUGUACAAGGUGCUGAAGCAGGUGCACCCUGACACGGGCAUCUCUUCCAAGGCCAUGGGCAUCAUGAACUCCUUUGUCAACGACAUUUUUGAGCGCAUUGCCGGCGAGGCCUCGCGCCUGGCACACUACAACAAACGCUCCACCAUUACUUCCCGGGAGAUCCAGACGGCCGUGCGGCUCCUGCUGCCAGGUGAGCUGGCCAAACACGCAGUCUCCGAAGGUACCAAGGCCGUUACUAAGUACACUAGUUCCAAAUAAA